UCCGCUUUAUGCCAUACUUUAGUAAAGUUUAGUAUUUUGUUGAGAUCAGUUUAUAAACGCAUAUAACGUAAAAAAACACAAGACAAUUUCAAAUUUCUAUAAACAUGAAGUGCUGCAGUCGUACCACAUUGGGUCUUAUUAUUGGCUGCCUAAAUGUCUUGAUCUACAUUGCCUGUUUUAUUUAUGCAAUUAUUGUCUUAGUCAAUAUUAAUUCAAAGGAAAAUUCCAGUUACAGGGAAAAUGAAAAUAUUUCCCUUAACAAUAAAAUAAUUAUUAUAUUAAUAAUAUUAUGUAUAGUCAUGGCCAUUAUAUCGGGUCUGCUGAUAAUGGGAAUUGUAAAGAGACGUCACAAACUAAUGAUGCCCUGGCUAAUACUAAGUGGCAUUGGUUUCAUAGCCAAUUGUGUAAAUUUUGCAUUUAAAUUUAUUGGUUCCCUUUUUACCGUACCAUUCUUGUCACUGGUAAUUUUGUUUGUAGUCGGUUUAUUAGGAAUAGGUAUAUCGUAUUUAAUAUUAUGGCCGAUUUUUACUUUGUAUGGUGAUAUACAAAAGGAAAAUUUUGAACAAGAGUCUAAUGAACGUAUAAAGAGCGAUAGGCCUAGAUGAUGAUGUCAUAACAAAAAUGCUUUUUUAAAAAAUAUCAAUUAAACAAAAAGAGUAGAUAAAUUUAGAAAAAAUAAUAAAAUUGUAAUGUGUAAUAAUAAUUUUUUUGUUAAAAAAAAGCUCUUAAUUUUUGUAUAUAAAGCACUAAGUUGACAUAUUUUGUUAUGUGAGUCUAUCUUUGGCUUGUACAAAUAUGUAUUAUGUACGUUAUCAUGUUUUUGUUUUAAAUAAAGAUAUUUGUGGUGUUCUUUUUUUU